UGGCCCUGCUCAGAGCUCUCUGCUAGAUGGGACCAAAGCCUCAUCGGGCUGCAGACUCAAACACUCCCACAUCAGCUACUGAGGCAGAACAGGAGGAGGGAAGGAGCAGACAGAGUGGAAGGGUCCUGCUAGUGUGCACGCUAGUUUAGAGACACAGUACAAGACAGCCAGAGUGUGUUUCUUUUUUCAUACUCCAGUCUUCCUCUAGAGCUGUUGAUGAAGCAGGCUGGCCCAGCUCCAUCCCAUCUCAGUCUGGGGUCCAGAGGUGGUCGGCGGGGUCCAGGGGUGUACCGCUUCUUUAUUUUGCAACUUUUGAACACUGGAACUGUACUGUAAGCAUUAUGACUCUUCUGGGCUCUGAACACUCCAUACUGAUACGAAGCAAGUUUAGAUCAGUCCUACAGUUAAGACUUCAGCAGAGGAGGACACGAGAGCAGCUGGCAGACCAAGGCAUCAUGCCUCACCCGGCCGUACACGGCUCCUCUCUGGAGACCCAGAUGAGGCUAAAGCGAGCCCGGCUCGCCGAGGACCUGAAUGAGAAGCUGGCUCUCAGGCCGGGGCCUCUGGAGCUGGUCCAAAAGAAUAUCAUUCCCCUAGACUCUACGGUCACAAUGAAAGUAAACCAUGGCAAGUUCCCCAAGCAAGAAGACUCCUAUGCUUUUGAGGAGGACAGCAGCAGUGAGAGUCUGUCUCCAGAGCAGCACCACAGUGAUGAGUCGCAGGGCUCGGCCUGUCCUUCGUCUGAGGCUGUCGGCAGCACGGCCUCCUCCUCCUCCUCACCUGCCCUCACCAGCCCACGUCAGGGUGGUGCAGCCAGAGACCCACCAGAUCAAAGCCAGGAUGAAGGGCUGUCUGGUGCCAACAGUCAGACGACUCCCCCAAUACCAGUUCCUGCUAUUGUCAAGUCCAAGACGUCAGACAAAAACCGACACAAGAAGCCCAAAGAUGUGAAGCCCAAAGUGAAGAAGCUGAAGUACCACCAGUACAUUCCUCCGGACCAGAAGGCAGAGAAGUCCCCUCCGCCCAUGGACUCGGCCUACGCUCGACUCCUCCAGCAGCAACAGCUCUUCCUGCAGCUGCAGAUCCUCAGCCAGCAGAAACACGCUCACACACAUUCACAGACACAGCAGUCGCAACAGCAGCACGCACACACUCCACAGACGCAGGCCCAAGUUCAGCAGAGGCAGCCUGCAUUCAGCUACCAGCCUCACCCACCGGCCCACAGUCAGAAAGCAGCGAGUGAGCACUUAUCAGCUUGUAGUUCCAGUGGUCCGUCGAGCACAGCCAACAGCAACUCAUCCUCUCCAGUGAAGAACACCUAUCCUAACCAAAGCAACAUCUCACCGGUCAAACCUGGGCCCUUGCCAGCUAAUCUGGAUGACUUAAAAGUUUCAGAGCUUAGGCAGCACCUACGUAUUCGUGGCAUGCCUGUCUCAGGCACGAAAACUGCCCUCAUCGAGCGACUCCGACCGUUCAAAGACUCCACUGCUGGAUCCUCACCAUCAGGAUCUUCCGACAUCACCACUGUGACCUUCCCUGUCACGCCCACAGGUUCCCUGUCCUCCUACCAGUCCCCGUCAUCCUCCAGUGCUCUGUCACAGGGAGGGUACUACCCUUACCCCAGUACCUCCUCCACCCCACCAAUCUCACCGGCCUCCUCGGAGCUUUCCCUCAGCGGCUCACUCCCUGACAGCUUCAGCGACGUGCCGAUGUCAUCACCAACACAAUUCGCCCUGCAGCCAUCCCCAACUCAGCUCAGCAUGGAGGACGGCCUGGGAGGGGGAGGGGGAGGGGGAGGAGGUGGCAACCUGGGUGGGGGAGGACAGAGACCAGGGGAGGGUGGGGGUAUGGAUGGUUUGGAAGCUGAAAAAGAUAAGAUGCUGGUGGAAAAGCAGAAGGUGAUUGAAGAACUGACAUGGAAGCUGCACCAGGAGCAGAGACAGGUUGAAGAGCUGAAGAUGCAGCUCCACAAGAGGAAACGCUGCUAUGGAGCUACACAGGACACGGCCCCUCCUUCAUCUCACUCCUCCAUGCACCACCAGCAGCAGACUCCGACAAUGAUGGGCCAGCAUUUCUUCGGUGUGACAAUCAAGCAAGAGCCCAUGUCCAUGUCCUCCAGCUGCCCUCUGUCCUCUCCCAAACAGCUUAAGAGCCCUCCUGGCAGCUGCAUGGAGGAUAUGGGACACUGCAACACUCCUAUGGCAAAUAUGGGGGGUCCCGGUGGUCCACAAUGUAUGGACACAGGCCCUUCCUCUAGCAGCCCCUCCGCUAUGUCUGCCUUCCUCAGCCCACAGUGCUCACCACAAGACUCUCCCAUUGGAAAACCUUCGGGCAGCCCCCAGCCUUCAUCUCCGAACAACCCCUACCUGCUGUCUCCUCCACUGGGAAGGGAUGGCUGCAGUCUCCCCCACACCCAGAGCAACAACAGGCCACGCAACAUGCAGAUGCAGCAGAAGAGCAGCGGCCAACCAAUUAACUGCUCUUAUCCUUCAGACCAAAGAAGCCUUCAGGGAGUCUUCCCCAGUUCAGCUGACUGUGGCAUAAACCACAGUAGUUCUACUAAGGCUGAGAGCCAGAAUAUGCAACCAAAGAUGUCAGUUUUACCAUCUCCUCGGCAUGUUGCCCAAAAGAGCCAAGUCUCUCCCCCUGCCUUCAGUAGCUCAGAUUCAGAUGCAUCUGACAUAAGACAGCCCCCAUGCUAUGAGGAUGCAGUCAAGCAGCAACUGACCCGAAGUCAGCAGAUGGAUGAACUUUUGGAUGUGCUCAUAGAGAGUGGAGAAAUGCCAGCUAACGCCAGAGAAGAGAGGGAGAGGUCCUCUGUAACCAAAGUUGUGCCUCACAUUACUGUGUCUCCAGGGUGUCCCGGCCUCCUCAUCCCGAGGUUCCACCGACACUAUGAACACCUGUCCUCCACCCAGCUCCCGUAUGACCACACAACCAAUCACAUCCCAGAGAGCCACCUGGAGACUCUGCUGGGCAGUCCCAUCGGCCGGGUAGGAGAGGUAGCUCUUCUUAAAAUGGCUACUGAGGACGGGGGACAGGAAGAUGAAGGGAGCAGAGACGGUGAAGGAUAUGUCAGCCCCCACACCCACCACCGCCACCUCAACCAUCCCCCACAGGACAAACUUCUGACCAACAGAGAUUUGAUGGACACCCCUCUGUCGCCCAUCAGCAACAAGGCAUCGGCCGUGCCCGAGGUGCAGGGGAUAGUCAGCAUGACCUUCAGCGAGACGCCGUGGGAGACAAUGGAGUGGCUGGACCUGACACCUCCCAGUUCCGCUACCGCCUUCAGUGUUGCUCCUCCCAGUGCGCCCAGCAUUUUUAACACAGAGUUCCUGGAUGUUACAGACAUUAACUUGAACUCUGCCAUGGACCUUCACCUGGAGCACUGGUGAAAGCAAAACUACCACCAAGUUAGCUAACAAUGUGCUAGCCUCCAGCCGUCAAACAGAAGACAACAGCUUGCAAGUAGCUGUAUGGACCACUUUUAUCAGCUAUGACAAAACCAAAGAACUAUUGAAUUCACUCUUAUCACUUUCAAUCCAAGUGACAGAAUUUGCUCCUUGCUAUAAUACAGUGGAACGUUAUAUUAUGGUUAUAUUAAACCAUUAGCCAACAUCCAGAGAUUGAAUGUUAAGUCUGAAGUUUAGAAGGAUAAAAUCUCCUCUUCAUCUCUGAAAUGACGAUCUCACUGUUGUCAAACCCAGAAACCAAAGACCAGGUGCUUUUUGGAAUGAUCUUUGUCCUUUUUGGACAAUGAUGUGCACAGUGCCAAGCUAGUAUGACAGUGGACACAUGAAGGAUUUCCUAUAUAAUGGAAAGACAUGAUUGCAGAGCUUUAUACCAACACCUUAUGCAGUAUCAGUGUUACACUACCUAGACUUGAAGACACAAUUUGACAAUCAGUGUAUAUUGUUCUGAGUCUAUGUUUGUAUUACUGGAAAAAAAAAAAACCCUCAAAGGAAUUACAAGGUGAAUUGGAUUGCUUACUGUAUUGGCCAUAUUGUAAAUAUCACAACUAUGUGUACUGACAUAGACCAGCUGAUGUCAGCAUAUUUUGUCAGUGGUGUGGGAGAGAACAAAAACCACAAAUCAAGUGUAUUAUGUAACCAGUACAAUAUUUGAUGUAAAUAUGAAAUAUGAAAAAACUCACUGUGCACCUGUAGCUUAUUACACACUUGUCACAGUCUGCUUGAGCUUAGAAUAUGUGUGUAGAAAUGGUUGGUAUACCUUUGAGGAAACUUUUUUAUACAAGUAUAUUUUUCAGUAUUUGGUGUAUUUAUCCACAGGACAACAAUAUGGAGAGAAAUUAAUGUCCUGAAAUCCUUUGGUCUUAUCGGUUUUAAUCGGCAGCCAAACUGUGCCUUAAUUGAAACAACUUUUAAUUCCAACUUCUUUAAAAUAAUUUCCCUUUUACAAUUUUAUAUUAAAUGACUGAAAGCUAUUGACAGAUUUUAAUUUAGAAAGCUCUAACACAAAUUCCAACGAAAAAUUCAUCUCUAUCUUUGGCCAAUCACAGUUAUUUAUUUUAUGCUGUUAUAUUUAUGCAUUAUCCUGUAUUUAUACUGACAUUCCUUUCUCACAGAUUGGGGCUCGUUGAUCUACCAGAAAACUGCCAUUAUUGACCACUGACAUUUCUUCACAAACUAGUUUUCCUAAAAAAUGUGAUGCGAAGUGAAGGAACCACUUUGACAAGCUUUCUUAAAUCACUUUUCCUCAAAGAACCAUAUCAUUCUGAAAUGUCCAUUGUUAGCACUUGUGAAUAGGAAAAUGUAAUAUAUUCAGAUCUUUAAUGUGAAUAAUACAUAUUAAGACACAAUAAAUUUAGAUCAGAGCCAGUCUACACUCAUAGUAGAUAGCCUAAUGUGAGGAUUUUAGACUCAGACACUUACAAGGCUUCAGUAUUGGUGAGGAACUGUCAUAUUUGACACAUGUAAAACAUGUUUUACACAUGUAAGUGGACAUAGUCAUAUUUUGCAAUGAAUUAGACAUAAUGGUUGAUACAGUUUUCAUAUCUGUCCUAUAAACAGCAUACAAAAGAUGAACGUCGUGGCCAUGAUGUCACCCAUUAGCUUGUGGACUUGGUUGUAGAACUUUGAGUUUGAAAUUUGGCCGUCGCCAGGUUGGUCUUUUGAAACCAGGCAUAACAAGUAGGCAGUGGAAUGACUGGAGAACCUAAUGACAGCAACAACCUGUCAAGAUAGCCCAGCCCUGAAACAUGCCCUGCUUCAUCAUCUAUUCUCUUCUAAAUAGGCCUAUAAUGUGUAAAAUCAACACCAUACUGUACUCAAACAAUCUUGGAACCUGCGAUUGAGACCGUAAACUCAUUAGGAAAAUGUUUACUGAAGUUACAGAUCAAGUAAGAAGUAGGGUCAUUUUCUUAUGUAAUUCUUUCAGACUUCAGGAGUCACCCCCCUGCUGGCUGUUAGAAUAAAUGCAGGUUGAAGGUACUUAAACAUUUCAGACCAUGUGACUACUUCCCCUUUUUAUAUACAGUUUGUGAUUUGUGAUAAGGCUACAGCCAGUCGUUGGUUAACUUGCCUGAAAACUGGGAACAGGAGAAACAGCUAGCAUGGUUUUGUUCAAAAACUACAAGCAUUUUUUUUUUUAAACUUAGAUUUCCCUCUUUGUGCCAUGUCAAACACAAGGCCACAGCGAGUUCCAUCUGUUGUUUAUGGUCCUAUGCAAGAUGUAGAGUCUAGUAAGGGCUGGCUCAUCUAUACACAUUAAUCCGAUGCCUACCUGUAUCAUUCAAUGGAAAAUUCUGUAAAAUCCAUUACAAAAAACAAAAGUGCCACAAAUGGCAGCAAAAUGUAUUAGAUAUUGACAGUUUAUCAAAAAAUAAAACAACAAAAAGCUAUUUUAAACCGUUUCACUGCACAGUUUAUGUGUGAGACAUCAAGGUAGCAUCUGGUGUGUAUGUAAAAGGGAACAUUUUAAAUAGAAAUCGCAUGAGUGGAAUAUACAACAAAGGGAGAUUCAUCCACAGUCGACGAUGUUUGCACAUGCUAAAUCCGAUGCCCUGACAAAUGAGGUCAGGGCUGAAGUUCUGCUUCACAACUCAAUCUAUUGCUGGCUGUAGGACCACCUAACCAAACACCUAUGUAGCGAUGGAUUUCUUUAAAUCAUUUAGAUUUUAUGUGAACAUCUGUAACAAAUUUAAAUGACAGAAAAUCCAUGUAGUUUACAGACAUUCCAUUUAAAUUUUUGUAUAUGCUCAUCACUCAUCACAACUGUCAGAGACUGCUAAUUAUUUUUGCUUAGUCUGUCAGAAAACCAUGACCAGUGUUAAACAUGCACCUGAUGUUGAUUUACUAGUUUGAUGUAAGAGUAUUAGUUCUCGUCAUUCGAUUCUUGUGAGAUUUAGUCAACAAAAACCAAAGACAUCUUAGUAUAGUUUUCAUCACUGAUAUUUGUAGUUUCAUUUUUAAUUUUUCUGUUUAGUAUUCUGACACCACACCUCGCACCACCUUUGGCUACAUUUACUAUGUUCAGCCUGCAUAGACUUUGUUACAAGCCAGGCUUGCUGUUUACCCCUGACUCCAGUCUUUGUGCUAAGCUAGCCAUCAGACAGUAUGAUAUGUAUUAGGCAGAUAUGAAAGCAAUGUUGAUCUUUUCAUGAAAUUCUCAGGAAGAAAUUGGGUGAGAAUUAUUUUCCAAAAGUAAUUAGACACUGGCCAAUAGAUCUGUUGCAUUUAUAAUUAUGUCCUCUGUAAACAUGGGUCUCACAUUGUGUUGUUUUGACCAAAUAUUGCUUUUUCCUGUUACUUAUGAAGUGUUGCACUUGUUUAAUGGGUUAGAUGGUCACAUGUAGGCUAUUACUGCCCAUCUUCUUUAUAUGACAAAGCUAAUACUUUAUGUUUUGCCUUGUAAGAAUAUCUUCUGGCCUUUUUUCCGCUUGGAGUAAUUUUGCAAUAACUCUCCCUAAUCCAAAAAAUUAAAAAAAAAGAAAGAAAAUUCACAUCUGACAGAAGCUUCUAUGUUGCUUGGCCACUGACUUGCUUUACUAUUGUAAAAACAUUACUAUGCCUACAUCCCUGUAUACUACAGAAAGAAGAGCAAUAAACUUAUCACAGCAUAAAUCA